AUUUCAAGGAAAAAACACACACAAGCUCCUUCCUCCCCUUCCUUCUGGGAGGGAAGAGCAAGCGUGGAGAGAGAAAAAUCUAUCUGAGAAUGAGCAGCGAGGACAGUGAGGGAAAAAUAUAUGAGUGGGAGAGGGAGAAACAAGAAGAAGGAGGAGGAGGAUGAGGAGGAGGGGGAGCAAAUUAAAAGUUGCCAAAUGGAGAUAUUGGGUUUCAAGAGGAGUGAGACAGGAGUGUAAUGGAUGAUGAAGACGACCGCCGUCUUCUGGAUUUUAUAGGAGAUGUGCAAGCAUUGAAUGAAUAUCUUCAUGGUUCAAAUAGUAAAUCUAUCGGAGAAGAUGAUGUGACAAAUGCAGCUUUUGGGUCUGCCAGCUCUUUCUUCACCAGUGACACUGGUAGCUCUAAUGAAGGACUCAAAGAUGGCCACAAUCAUUUGGGAGAAUUUGAGGAGGCUGGUGAUGUUGAGCUUCAGCUCUCAAGUGGCCUUCCGUUUAUCGAGGAUGAGCUUGAAGGUGGAAACUCUCCAGGUGGGGAUGAUCUUGGGGGUGAGGACCAACCCUUUGACAUCCUCCAGAAGUCAUUGCUGGAAGCAGAUAUCACAGAGCAGACAUUGGCUCAAGAGGCCCUUUUGGAGUCCCAACCAUCUCUUAUUCCCACAGCUGACGCCUUCCCUCAGCAGCUGGUCUCUGGGGGUUUUGGAGGUCCUGGUGUGGUGGCACCAUUGCCCCAUGCUGGGGCACAACCUCAGGCUUUUAUCCAGCAGGUUCCCCAGCUACCCUUGCCAAAUGGCCCCACAGGACACAUCCAGGUAGUUGGACCUUUUAAUGGCAGUGCCUCCUCUAUGAUGACUAUCAACAGUUUGGAACAACCUCAGAUCCUUUUGAGGCCAAGUGGAAAUUUAAUGACCAACAGCAGUGGGCAAGGUGCCAUGUUUGCCCCUUCCACGGCUGGUCAGGUGUCAAUGUCCUUCAAUAAAAGGACAGUUCCUGUUCAGAAUUUUAUCAUUCAGAGAGGCACUGCACAACAGACAUUGAUUAGACCUAUUCAGCCUAAACCCCUACAGUCAGGGGGACAAACUGUAUACAAUAUCAGCAACAUUGGGCUUCAACCCAGCAGCACCACUACUGCUAAUGUGGUCAGUAGCACCUACACAGCCAGUGGCUCUCCUCAACAGAUGAAAGUGGUAAACCCAGCCAGCAACAUUGUAAUGCAUUCGCCUCUGGGGCAACAAGCGCAGCCCCAACCCCAGUCCAGUCUGCCUCAGGGGCAGUUUUUGCUACCCAGUUCUAUUUCCCUCACUCCUGGAACCACUGUUCAUGGCUUCCAGGCUGUGAAUGGGCAGGUGAUACAAGCAAACACUCAAAUGGGCAACCCGUCCUCAAUGAGCACUACCACCUACUCGAUCUUGACCAAUCAGAACACAACAGUACAGCUUAUCGCUGGGCAGAACUUUUCAGCUGGUGGGCAGUUGAUAAUGAAUCAAGGUUUGGUCAGUGGAGGUCAGAUAGGCCAAGCUUCACCGACACCUGUUGUGCAGCUGUCACAGAGACCUGGAGCCAUGGCCAAGGUCUGGACCGCCAGUGCAUCGCCUAGCCCCACUCCUAUGCAGAUGUCACAGACAUCGGGCCACCUUACCAUGGUUAAUUCUGGUAUCCAAGGCCCACAGGUUUGUCAGCAGUUAUCGGUUAGCCCAGGACAGCACCUCCUUAUGCCCGUAGCUCAGAACUCUCCAGCUUCUUCUGGAGUUCAGGAGUUUCAGCAAGUCUCUCUAAACCAGGACACCACCGGAGCAACACAAAGAGGGCAGACACAACUAGUUAAUCUCCUUGGAACCAAAGCUGUGAAAACGCUGACUCCUGCCAAUCAGGAAUCGCCACUCACACCUAAGCGACCUGCAACUCAGCAGCUUACUAGAGGAGGAAUGAUCCUCCAGCAGCUAAGAAGGGAUCAUAGUGGAGUCAUGUCUCCAGAGCGGACACCCUUCGUUUCGUUAAAUGAUGUCAUUGACAAAUUGCUUCCAUAUCAUGUUUUCCAAGGCUCACCACGACAAGAUGAAGAAUUCACCAAAGUUGAUGAAGAGUUUGAGGCAGUUGCCACACAAGUGUUAAAAAGAACACAGGCCAUGGUGAACAAAUACAGAUGCUUACUCAUGGUGGAAGCAGAGAGGUCCAGCCCUUCAUCAGAAAUGGUGAUGAUUGACAGGACGUUUAACCAAGAGGAGCGGAGCAACUUGACUGAAGACAAACGAACGGUAUUAGUGGAUCCAGAUCGCUUCAUGGAAGAAUUCUGCUGUGGCCCUAAGAUGACGAUCCCAAGUCCAGAAGUCAAGGCCACAGCCAGCAAUGAGGGAAAUCCCAGCAUAAUGGGGACAUCACCAAGGCAUUCCAUGAGUCAUGUCGUUAGAGACGGGCAGGAAAUGAACAGCCACACAGAACCUGCUUAUAGGACAGACUCCCAUCUAGAAAUUGGGAUGGAGGAACACAGAAGAACUCCUAUCAAGUGCAUCCUGGACAUGAAAAAAAUGAAGUGCAACAACUUCAUCAGCAGCAGUCAACAUGCCAACUACCCUACAUCUCCCAGACAAUCACAGCAUAGCUCUGCCCAGGGCUACCCAUCAAGCCUGGGGCGGAGUCAAGAACAGCAACUUUCCGAUCAUAGUCACGCCCCAUUGGCUGACACAGACUCUGUGCUUGAAGCUGCCGUCAAUAGCAUCUUGGAAUGUUAGACAGUGCCAUAUUUAUGUUUGUUAGUCUCAUUUCAUUUCAUGCCAUGUCUGUGCAAGUGGGAUUCCAUGACGUACACUGGCAUUAUAGCAGUUGAAAAGUGCACACAGCAACUCUGAAAGUGGCAAGAAAAGGGUGGUGAUACUCUAAUAUUGUGCCUAUUGUUCUAGAGAAGUUUACACGAGAAAGCCUUUUUUGACAAUUCUAUGUAGGAGACUUUUGCAAACACACACACACCAAUAUGUGCGUUUAUACAUAAUCAAGCAGUGAGUUGAUGGUGUGACGGUUAGGAUUGUCAUGAGUAGACAUUGUUAUUUGUAGCUUAUCAGUUAAUAUCAAACACACCUACAGUUAGUCUGAUAGUCUGUCUGGAGUAAAGGUUGUAAGGUUAUCUCUCCAAUUGUGAUGCACCAUUGCAGUUGACACAAACACACCGGCACAUUCGUUUUUGAGCAUUGGUCAUGUUACUUUUUUAAAACAUUUGUUUUGCAUUUAGUUUUGUACCUUACAGGUAUGUGACCUCUCCACAGAGACAAAACUCACGUGGUUUUGCGCAGGUGGAAAGUUAAGUCCUCAGAUUGAGGGUACAUUGUUACAUUAUGUUUAUCUUUUUUUUCCGUUUAAUUCAUUUUUUAAAAGGAUGCAUUAUAUAUAUAUAUAUAUAUAUAUAUAUAUAUAUAUAUAUAUAUAUAUAUAUAUAUAUAUAUAUAAAUAUAUAAAUUUGUAUUUUAUUUUUUUAAAUGUGCUGCUCUCUGCCUGGAGAAAAUACGUGCUUUUGUGCACCUUCAGUUAGUGUCUCAGAGAACUGGCAUGGGUGAAUCUCUUAAAAACAUUUCCAGGUCACAUUUUAAUCCAAGGUAAAAAAAAAUAAUAAAAAAUCUAUAUAUAUUUUUUGCAUUAAAAAAAUGAGGCCUAUUGUUUAUAUAUUUUGUGUAUUGUGUCAUUUUUUUUUCAUUACUGUUAAGCAAAUUUACCCUCCAAAUUUUCAUUACUAAAAUGCGCCUUUCCUGAAAUAAAAAUCUAAUGCGUAAUGUUAGUUUUUUGUUUUGUUUUGUAAUUCCCAUUGUUCUCAUUGAUGAUUCUCAUCAGAUUCUCAUUACUGUAUUACAGUAAAAAAAAAAAAAAAACUGUAGUACAAUGCAAAGUAAAUUACCAUAAAUUAAAAGGUAGUACAACAUACACUAUUAUGAUUUAUAAAUACUUUGACUGAAUUGUUUUAUUGCAUUGCAAUAUGUCAGUUAGAUUUUUUUUUUGCAAUACCUUAAUGAGAAUUGGUUGAGAUGUGCUUGAUUAUAAUAAAAAUAAUGACACAAUGCAAAAAAAAUUGAAACAUAGCCUUAUAAAAAUAAUAAAAAUAGGCUUAUAAUGUCAAUAAUUAUAUAAUGCAAAAUUUAGAUUUUGGGGUAAAAUAUGACCGGCACAUGUUAUUGACGGGUUUCACGAGAUUCACACAUAUGGAUGUUCUUUGAAAUUUUAAUUUUCCCUUGUGCUUUCUGUCCCUGCUGGUCAGGCUGUGGUCUUUGCUGGCAGUUGGUAUGCAGAUUCUGCCCCUAGAGGCAGCUUUUAUAUUUGCACAGGUGGACAUGACCAUGUACUUUCACAAAUAGCCAUUUUCAUAGCGCUUAUAGCCCCUCUGCAGAUCACUUUUCUCAUAUGCACAGAUUUUUACGUAAAAUUGAAUUGGUGAAAGCAGAUUAGGUGCCGUCACAGCAUAUCAGAUUUUUCAAUUAGUUGCAUUAUGAGAUGGCUGUAUACUGAGAUAAUAGCUUCAUGUAGUUUGGUUGGAGGGUGUCCGGCCAUUUUUUCUGUGUGCAUAUUUGAUAAACAUUUGCUCACAUUUCAACAACCCCUUUUGAAGAAUCAUUUCUAAAGAGGAGACUGUAAGUACUCAGUCUGACUUUGUAGUCUAGAAUGUAUUUUCCACAUUAACCGUGCUAUUACAGGGCUUGUCAGCUUAAACAACGGGAAUGUGACCAAGACAAUGUCAAUGACUGACCAGGGCAGAGAAACUGCAGUGUUUGGACAUUUUUCACAAGUUUGUGUUUGAAUUAGCAUCCAAUCCAGAGCCGAAGGUUGCUUGUUUCCAUCUAUAAAUGUCAUCCCAUUGUUUUUCAUCUUCAACACUAACCACCACUGUCUUUCCCAGCAAUUCAACCAAAAAUUAUAAACGACAAAAAAUAAGUUAAAUAAUCUCUGAUCUGAGCACCAGUGGUCGGUAUUAGGGAGCACUCUGAAGACCUUCACUUUGAAGGGCUUCUUUGCCUUAGGACAGAGCGAGUGAAAACUCAUUGAAAUAGUCUAUCAUUUGUUUUUACUGCUUUUUGUUGUGAGAGAGUGGCCUUUGAUUAACGUAACACCCGUGGUAAAAGUUGCUUUUAAUGUAUAAUGCUUUUUAAUAUUUUCUGCAUCACCCAAAACUUGAUUUGUAAUGUUUGUAUUACAAAAAUUAAAACAUGAAACACAAAAUAUUUAUACUUUUUGUAAAGAAAAAGAAUGUAAAAGUUAUUUUUAUUAUGAUAGGUAUGUUCGGUCAUACUAUAUGUGGUCAAUUCUUUAUUUGAGUGUUCAUUACAACAAAGAUAAAUCAAUAUUAAAUUCAUUUUGAAUACAGAUGAUAUUUUGUAAUACCAGUGUUUUGAAUUAAUUAUAUAGUUGAAGUCAAAAGUUUACAUACACCUUAGCCAAAUAAAUGUUUUCACAAUUCCUGACAUUUAAUCGUAGAAAACACUCCCUGUCUUAGGUCAGUUAGGAUCACUACUUUAUUUUAAGAAUGUGAAAUGUAAGGAUAAUAGUAGAGAGAAUUAUUUCUUUCAGCUUUUUUUUCUUUCAUCACAUUCCCAGUGGGUCAGAAGUUUACAUACACUUUGUUAGUAUUUGGUAGCAUUGCCUUUAAAUUGUUUAACUUGGGUCAAAUAUUUUGGGUAGCCUUCCACAAGCUUCUCACAAUAAGUUACUGGAAUUUUGGCCAUUCCUUCAGACAGAACUGGUGUAACUGAGUCAGGUUUGUAGGCCUCCUUGCUCACACAAGCUUUUUCAGUUCUGUCCACAAAUUUUCUAUCAGAUUGAGGUCAGGGCUUUGUGAUGGCCAUUCCAAUACCUUGAUUUUGUUGUCCUUAAGCCAUUUUGCUACAUGGUAUGGAGGUAUGCUUGGGGUCAUUGUCCAUUUGGAAGACCCAUUUGCGACCGAGCUUUAACUUCCUGGCUGAUGUUGCUUCAGUAUAUCCAUAUAACUUUCCUUCCUCAUGAUGCCAUCUAUUUUGUGAAGUGCACCAGUCCCUCCUGCAGCAAAGCACCCCCACAACAUGAUGCUGCCACCCCCAUGCUUCACGGUUGGGAUGGUGUUCUUUGGCUUGCAAGCCUCACCCGUUUUCCUCCAAACAUAACGAUGGUCAUUAUGGCCAAACAGUUCAAUUUGUGUUUCAUCAGACCAGAGGACAUUUCUCCAGAAAGUAAGAUCUUUGUCCCCAUGUGCACAUGCAAACUGUAUUCUGGCUUUUUAAUGGCGGUUUUGAAGCAGUAGGUUCUUCCUUGUUGAGCAGCCUUUCAUGUCAAUAUAGGAAUUGUUUUCUGUGGAUAUAGAUACUUGUCUACCUGUUUCCUCCAGCAUCUUCACAAGGUCCUUUGCUUUUGUUCUGGGAUUGAUUUGUACUUUUCGCACCAAACUACGUUCAUCUAUAGGAGACCGAAUGGGUCUCCUUCCUGAGUGGUAUUAUGGCUUUGGUGUCCCAUGGUGUUUACACUUGCAUACUGUUGUUUGUACAGAUGAACGUGGUACCUUCGGGUGUUUGGAAAUUGCUCCCAAGGAUGAACCAGACUUGUGGAGGUCCACAAUUUUUAUUUCCUUGGCUGAUUUAUUUUGAUUUUCCCAUGAUGUCAAGCAAGGAGACACUGAGUUUGAAGGUAGACCUCCAAUUGACUCCAAUUAGCCAAUCAAAAGCUAACUGGCUAAUUGCCUUAAGGCUUGACAUAAUUUUCUGGAAUUUUCCAAGCUGCUUAAAGGCACAGUUAACUUAGUGUAUGUAAACUUAUGACCCACUGAAAUUGUGAUCUAGACAAUUAAAAGUUAAACAAUCUGUCUGUAAACAUUUGUUGGAAAAAUUACAUGUGUCAUGCACAAAAAAAAUGUCCUUAACGACUUGCCAAAACUAUAGUUUGCUAAUAUGAAAUCUGUGGAGUGGUUAAAAAAUUAGUUUUAAUGACUUCUUCAACCUAAGUGUAUGUAAACUUCUG